GUGAUGUUAUGUUAUAUCGGCGUGGGAUACGGGGAUGCGGAUGCGCCUCCGAACCUUGGCCGGGGUAGAGGAUGCCGAUUUUUGAGUUUCGGCGUCCACAUGUUACCUUGCGGGCAUGAUGGCAUAUGGCCCCACGGUGGGUACAACGGCUUCCCACCUUCGGACAGGACUGUUUAUCCCACUACCCCUCACUUCCAUGUAUCAUAGCGGGGUGGCUGUUAGGCUUCGGGGGUUCGACGCCGUAGUCUACUAUAUCGGGUUCUGUUUGACUCCUGGAUCUCUUUCAAAAGGUGAAGCUUUCCGUCUAUGCUCUUGGAAUCUACUGGGUGCAUAAUACGAACUUGGCGCAAUCCAGACGACUUCAACAAGCAUACUGAGAAGAUAUCUAUUACUACAGCUACAGACAACUAUAAGCGCCCAAGAUGGCUCUAAACGCAGAAGCCAUCCCGCCGUCCUCAAACCCCGCGUUUGCCCAAUUCCCAAGCCGAAGGAGUGUCGUCCACAGCACCGACGGAAUCGUAGCCUGCACGCAACCAUUAGCAGCAAGAUGCGGUCUCAGAGUCUUACAACAAGGAGGAAACGCAGCUGAUGCCGCAGUAGCAGUCGCCGCCGGACUGAACAUGACCGAGCCCUGCAGCACCGGCAUCGGCGGCGACAUGUUCUGUCUCUACUACUCCGCCGCGACCAAAAAAGUCUCCGCCAUGAACGGCUCCGGACGCGCAGGCGCAGACUGCUCGCUCGAAACUAUCCGCGGGGAUCUCGGGCUCAAGGAGGGGCAGGAGGGCUCGAUACCAUUGGAUAGCGUGCAUGCUGUUACGGUUCCGGGCGCUGCUGCGGGGUGGGUGGAUACUGUUGAGAGGUUUGGGAGCGGAAAACUAUCGCUGGGGCAGAUUCUGGCUCCGGCUAUAGAGCUGGGAGAGAAGGGGUUCCCUGUGUCUGAAAUCGCGGCCGCAUGUUGGAAACGCGGGGAAUCCAGCCUCCGCGCCGCCUCCCCCAACUUUGCCGAACUCCUCAAAUCCGACUGCUCCUCCCCCAACGGCGUGCGCGCCCCCGGCCCCGGCGAGCUAUUCCGCAACCCCACUUUAUCCGCUACCUUCCGCGCAUUAGCUACGGAAGGGAAGGCAGGGUUCUACAGCGGUCGGGUGGGCGAGGCGGUCGUCAAGGUCCUCGCUGAUCGCGGGGGACGUCUCACGGCGGCUGAUUUGUCGAAUCAUGCGAGUUUGGGAACCGAGCACGUCUCUCCGAUCGCCUUGACAUUCAAUGGACAGAAUGCCGGGAAAGCGUACUCUGCAGACACGUCCCACGCCGUGAAGCUGUGGGAACACCCCCCCAACGGCCAGGGCAUCGUCGCGCUUAUGGCGUUGGGUAUCCUCGAGUCCCUAGAAUCCGCAGGCACGAUCCCGGCUUUCAAGCCGGAAGAUCAUAAUACCACCCCCUACCUCCACGCCAUCAUCGAAGCCCUCCGCAUCGCCUUCUCAGACGCCUCGUGGUUCGUCGCAGACCCCAACGCUGUCCGCGUUCCCACCGCGGAACUCCUCUCCCCGGAGUACCUCGCUAGCCGCGCAGCGCUCUUCGAUCCCGCCCGCGCGACACCGGUGCCCACGCGCGGAUCACCGGCGUUGAAUUCCUGCGACACCGUAUACUUCGCCGUAACGGACAGUGAGGGGAACGCCGCGUCCUUCAUCAACAGCAACUACACCGGUUUUGGCUCUGCGAUCGUGGCGGAGGGGUGUGGGUUUAGUCUGCAGAAUCGCGCGGCGAAUUUUAGUUUGGACAAGGAGCACCCCAAUGUCCUUGCCGCCGGGAAACGGCCAUACCACACCAUCAUCCCCGCCCUAGCCACCCGCGCGCACGACGACAGCCUCCACAGCGUCCUCGGGGUAAUGGGGGGCUUCAUGCAACCCCAAGGCCACGUGCAAGUCCUCCUGAAUAUGCGGGCGUUUGGGUAUAAUCCACAGCAGGCACUUGAUGCGCCGAGGGUGUGUAUUGGGGCGGGGAUGCCGGAUGAGGGGGAGGUGUUGGAUGUUACUGUUUAUGUGGAGGAGGGGGUUGAUGAAGUAGUGGUGGGGGGGUUGAGGGGGUUGGGGCAUAAGGUGGAGGUUGUGGGGGGUGGGAGAGGGGGCUUUUUGGGCGGGGGCAGGUUAUCAAAAGGGGGGAGGGAGGGGUGGAAGGGGGGGGAGUGA